AUGAAGCGGCUUGCAUCUUCGUUCACGGAAUCUCAAAGCUCGAAACGGGCACGGAUAGGAUCGCCAGCCAGCCAUGGUAGCGGCGAGGCCCCAGGAGCCAACUGGCCUGCCAAAAAGGAGGAGAUUGAAGCGGCGAGACGCCUUAUUCUUGAAUGUGCUACCGCCAAAUCCAGAACGCUCAUCGUUCCUGACAAGGACGCGGAUGGACUCGCAUCUGGCUCAAUCCUUCAACGGACUCUCGUCCUUCUUGGCCUGCCCUCAAGUCUUAUUACCACUCACCUCGUCCGAAGAGGGAAUAACAUCCACGACCCUUCGGAGCGGACGGCCAUGACAAAGCUGUCUCCAUCGUACGUCUUCGUCCUGGACCAAGGCUCCCGGCGCUCCUUGCCUGUUGUCAAUAUCUCGAACCACAGAGCCCUUAUCAUCGACCACCACCAGGCUGCCGAAGACGAGUUUCCGUCUGGUUCUCAGCAUGUCACUGCCUGCAACUUCCCGCCUAUAUCUACAUCUGCCCUACUAACCUACCUCAUAUGCCGUCCUCUUCACCCUGCCAUUGAACAGCAGUGCGCGUGGCUGGCCGUUCUUGGUACGCAUGGAGAUUUGGGCACAAACUUUAAGUGGCAACCGCCCUUUCCCGAUAUGGGUGUCGUGCUCAAGAAGUACACGCGCAAAAGGAUCAACGACGCAGUCUCUCUUAUCAACGCACCGCGCCGCACAGCCGCAUAUAACGUCCAUGCCGCAUGGGAGGCACUGACGGAGGCCGUCAGCCCGGUCGAUCUGCUCGCUAACAAGGCGCUCUUGGCGGCAAGGGUAGAGGUCAACGCCGAGGUGGAACGGUGCACACACGUCCCGCCCAGAUUUUCGAGCGAUGGGCGCGUGGCGGUUUUGAGAAUGAAUAGCAAGGCACAGGUGCAUCCGGUCAUUGCGACGAGGUGGGCGGGACACUUGAAGAGUGCUAGGCUUGAGGUGGUGAUGGCUGCUAAUGAGGGGUAUCUGGAAGGGAAUGUGAACUUUUCG